AUGCAACCAAUUUCUGAAAAACAAUGUAUAUUCUCAUCAGAGGAGAUCAAGAAAUCGAUUGUGACAGCUGACAAUAUUACUCCGUUCCACUUGUAUCACGGUGAUAGAAUAUUAGAGAAUGGAAAGAAAAUGCUAAGUGCCUUCAGACAAUAUUUUCCGAGUUAUACCAACUUUUUCGCAGUGAAGGCUACACCAAAUCCACAUAUUCUCUCACUUUUGAAAUCCAUUGGCAUGGGUGUCGACUGUAGCUCACUUGCAGAGUUAUUGUUAGCUGAAAAAGUCGGACUCAAAGGAAAUGAAAUUAUGUUCACCAGUAACAAUACACCAAAGUCAGAAUAUAUAAAGGCAUAUGAAUUGGGUGCAACCAUUAAUUUGGAUGAUAUUACACAGAUCGAUUACUUGCACGAUGCAUUGGGUGGAAAGAUGCCAGAGAUGGUGUCACUCCGAUACAAUCCAGGUCCACUCAAGAAUGGCAAUUGCUUCAUCGGUAAGCCACAGGAAGCCAAAUUCGGAUUGACUGGAGAACAACUCUUUGAAGCCUACGCCAAACUCAAGAGUCUUGGUGUUAGCAGAUUCGGAUUGCACUGCAUGGUUGCCUCCAACGAGUUGAAAUUGGAGUAUUUCGAGGAGACUGCCGUUCUUCUCUUUGAGACACUGGUAGCGGUCGCCAAGAAACUAGAUAUCGGCUUUGAAAUGGUGAAUCUCGGUGGUGGAAUCGGUAUUCCCUAUCGUCUCGACCAGACUGCCGUCGACUUUUACAGACUCGCUCAAUUGAUCGAUGGCCAAUUCCAAAAGAUCGUGGUGCCAGCUCAGUUGAAGCAACUUCCAAGCAUCGUUACAGAGUGUGGACGUGUCGUUACCGGACCAUAUGGUGUAUUGGUCACCAAAGCAAUUCAUUCAAAGUCGAUCUAUCGUGAGUAUAUUGGUGUCGAUGCUUGUAUGGCCAACUUGAUGAGACCUGGAAUGUACAAUGCUUAUCACUAUAUGUCGGUGUUGGACUCUGAGAAGAGAGAUGAUCAAACCACCAAGAAAUACGAUAUAGUCGGAUCACUCUGUGAGAACAACGAUAAGUUUGCAGUGGAUCGUGAGCUCCCAGUGAUCAGUCGUGACGACGUCAUCAUUAUCCACGACACUGGUGCACAUGGUCAUUCAAUGGGUUUCAACUACAACGGUAAACUACGUUCUGCAGAGUAUAUCCUAUUGGGUGAUCAAAUCAAGUGUAUUCGUCGUGCUGAAACUUACGAUGAUUUAUUUAGAACACUAGACUUUGACCUUAAAUUAUAG